ACGGCGGUUUCCGAGGUCAGGUCAGGAGCGUGAGGCCUCGUCGUACCCCCUCGUCGAGAGAUAGAAACAAAACGAGAGGAAAGACUAAUCUGGAAAAAGGAAGACAGUUUCUUAUUCCAUUAAUCGCAGCGCCUAAGCCAAGGCUAGGCCUACUCGCGUUUUGUCGAACUAGAUGAUUGUUAGCUAGUGAGGCUAGUUCAUUAAGGACACAACAAAAGCGGAGUAUCGCACUGCAAUUUUCAGUGGGUUUGCCAUUAUCCUGCUUGCUGGUUACCUUGCUAGAUAACUCGUUAGCUAUAUUUGUAUCGUUUUAUAUCGCUGUAUCUGACUACAUUUUUGCAUUUUUAUACUUUCUUCUUGGUGAUUGUGUGGUGCCGACCAGCUUGCUACCGAGCGACGUUUAUACCUACGUACUAUAAUACUGGCUAGCUAGCUGCGAGCUAGCGGGCUGCUAUCCCCCACGCCGACCGUCCAUUCAACUACGAAUCCAAAAUGUCGGAUUUUGACGAGUUCGAGAGGCAGUUGACGGAGAACAAGCAAGAACGGGACAAGGAGAACCGGCAUCGGCGCCGCACUCCGUCCCGCAGUCGCAGCCAGGAGCGCAAGAGGAGGAGCAGAGAGAGGAGGAGCCGAGACCGCCGCAGCGACAGCAAGGACCGCAGACAGAGACGCAGCAGUCACUCCCCACACCGUGAGAAGAAGAAGAAAGUGAGGAAGUACUGGGAUGUGCCGCCGCCUGGAUUUGAGCACAUAACACCCAUGCAGUACAAAGCCAUGCAGGCUGCUGGACAGAUCCCAGCCACUGCCCUGCUUCCCACGAUGACCCCAGAUGGCUUGGCAGUCACUCCCACUCCUGUGCCGGUUGUGGGCAGCCAGAUGACUCGGCAGGCGCGGAGGCUCUACGUUGGCAACAUCCCUUUCGGCAUCACUGAGGAGUCCAUGAUGGAUUUCUUCAAUGCCCAGAUGCGUCUGGGUGGCCUCACACAAGCACCAGGAAACCCUGUCCUUGCAGUGCAGAUUAACCAGGACAAGAACUUUGCCUUCCUCGAGUUUCGCUCUGUGGAUGAGACCACCCAGGCCAUGGCCUUUGAUGGGAUCAUCUUCCAGGGACAGAGUCUGAAGAUCCGCCGGCCACAUGACUACCAGCCCCUGCCUGGCAUGAGUGAGAACCCCAGUGUCUAUGUCCCAGGCGUGGUGUCCACAGUGGUGCCCGACUCAGCCCACAAGCUCUUCAUUGGUGGUCUGCCUAACUAUCUCAACGAUGACCAGGUGAAGGAGCUGCUCACCUCUUUUGGCCCUCUGAAGGCCUUUAACCUGGUGAAGGACAGCGCCACAGGGCUUUCCAAAGGAUACGCCUUCUGUGAAUAUGUUGACGUCAAUUUGAGUGAUCAGGCGCACUGUUCACUGUCGCAGGCCAUUGCGGGGCUAAAUGGAAUGCAGCUGGGCGACAAGAAGCUCCUGGUGCAGAGAGCCAGCGUGGGAUCCAAGAACGCCGCUCUGGCCAGUAUAAACCAGACCCCGGUGACGCUGCAGGUGCCGGGGCUGAUGAACAGCUCGGUGGUGCAGAUGGGCGGCCUGCCCACGGAGGUGCUCUGCCUCAUGAACAUGGUGGCUCCCGAGGAGCUGCUGGACGACGAGGAGUACGAGGAGAUCGUGGAGGACGUGAGGGACGAGUGCAGCAAGUACGGCCAGGUGAAGAGCAUCGAGAUCCCCCGGCCCGUGGACGGCCUCGAGGUCCCCGGCACCGGAAAGAUCUUUGUGGAGUUCACGUCGGUGUUUGACUCCCAGAAGGCCAUGCAAGGGCUGACAGGCAGGAAGUUUGCCAACAGGGUGGUGGUGACCAAGUACUGCGACCCUGACGCCUAUCACCGCCGAGACUUCUGGUAGACACGGAGAGAGUUGUGUAGACAGCCGAGACUGAAAGAGAGGAAAUGUUUGUGAG